CUCACCCUCUCCUGCACACACGCAUGCACACACAGCUGCUCGAAAUCAUGACAGAAGAUGACGGAUACAGUUGUCGCAGAGGGACAAGUCAAGUUUAGAGAUGGAAAAAAGUGGAAGACUCGAUGGGUUGUUCUUCAGAAGCCCUCCCCAGUCGCAGACUGCUUGACUCUACUUGUGUGUAAAGACAAGAAGAAAGGAAAAAGCAGCGGACAUAAGGAGAGGCUCAAUGUAACACUGGAGGAGAUUUGUGGUGUGGAGCCAGGGCCCGGGUAUGAUGGUGUGCCCUACACUCUCUCCAUCCUCUGCCUGGCAAGAACCCUUAUCCUGGGUUUUAAAAACAGAGACGCCCUGCUGGCCUGGGAUGCCCGGAUCCGCUACAGCCUGGGUGAAGUCCAUAGAUUCUUAGUCAGUGUGGAACCAGGCACCAAACUGGAAAGUGGGGCUGCCUCCCUUCAUCUUUGCAACAACCUGUUGGUCCUCAGUAGAGGCCUGCCUCCUGUUGUUACUGCUCACUGGAAGCUGUCGGCGCUGCGUCGAUAUGGUGCCGUGCCAAAUGGCUUUGUGUUUGAGGGAGGGACUCGCUGUGGAUUCUGGGCCGGUGUUUUCUUCCUGUCCUGCUCAGAAGGAGAGCAGAUCAGUUUCUUAUUUGACUGCAUCGUCAGAGGAAUCGCCCCCAGCAGGGCACUCCAUGGCUUGCCACCUAACCAGCCAGCAGCACCAGAUGCGGACCCAGCAUCAGAAGAGAAACGGAUCAGCCAGGAGACCUCCGAGCUGGAGAAGAGACUCAGCAUGUUGUCUCAGUGCAGUCUGGCCAGUAGCUCGUCCUCCACCUACAGCACCUCCAUUGCCGGGGACGACCACAGCUUCUCCAGCUCCUCAUCCAGUCAGUCAGAUGCAAGUUAUGGAAGCAGGUUUCCGUUUUGGGUGGAGCAGUCUGUCAGAUCCCACCUUUUUAAUGAGAUGGCGUCAAGCACCUCCACGCUGAAGGCUUUGACCCGGUCAGACGACAGACUGUAUGGCGAUGCAAGGGACGGCUCAGGGAUCCAUCCGUCUUCUGUGCAGCACCAACCUCGGUGGCUUAACGACUGUGACCGGCAGAGCUCCUUAGACAGUGGGAUUGGAAUAGCGACUGGCAGUCAGUUGUCUUAUUCUGGGAGCUAUUCCUCAUGCAAUGGGAGUCUGGACAUGGCCAGUCAAGGUGGAGGAGGAGAGGAUAAUGAGUCUGUGGCCAGCCCUUCUGCUCCUCUUAAUACCCUCUCUUCACCUCCUCCUGCUUCUCCUCCAACGCCUCCUUCAUCACCUUUUCAGCCCAUGAUUCCUGUGGAGCACACCUGCCCAUCCAGAUGUCUCUCCCAAGCUUCUCGCAGGCACAGCGAGGAGUACCACAUCCCCUGCCUGCUCAGACAGUGGUACGAUACUCCCAGGAGUCUUCUUCAGGCCAUAACAACGAGGGAACCGUCUGCUCGGAAAGGCCCACGUGACCUGGGCAGCAAGACCAGCACAAAUGGAAGUCAGGAACCGAUGUUAAUGAAAGGCCCCAAAAAACUGAGGGCUCAGUGUCAGUGGAUGAUGCAGCGCUCGCACUCCUGGGGCAGCGAGAGAGCGUCCUCCAUGGACAGUGAGGGAAGGUCCACACCGAGUGCUCAGGUGUCCUCAUGCAGCGCGGUACCUGGAGAAGCGCAGAGGCUUCUGCUUGUCGGUGGGAAAACUUCUCAGAACAAAGCCGAGGCGGAUGAUGGCUCUUCAUUAACAGAUCUUUCUCCUCCCUGUUUUACUAAAACACAAGACUCCGGUGCAGGAGAGAAACUCUGGGACAGUGAGGAUGCAGAUAAACUCAAAGAUCUGAGGAGGAUGUUUUCUUGUUCACCACCCUCAGUUCCCCCACCUCCUCCUCUAACACUUAGUACGCUCAGAACGACAUCAACAUGUGGAAAGUUCCCACCCAUCCGAGAAUCUCAUCUGUCGCCAUCCGCUGGCCUUCAUAGAGACUAUGGUGGUAACUACGUUAAUAUCCCCAGUGCUGCCUUACAAGCUACGACUUCAGAGCUGCUGUAUUCGGAGCUGAACCUGCACAGCUCAGCUCAUGGGCCCAGCCCAUACAGAGCUGUGAGACAAGACUUCGUGCAGCACUACAGACACAAGGAUGACUCCAUCAGAUACGCCCACCUCGACAUCGCUGCCAUGGAAACAGCUCAAAGAGUGGGGGCGGAGCACGUUCAGGGCAGAGAGGACAGGCUGACUCAGCUGGAGAGCAGGUGGCGAGGGCCACCGAACUGACUCAGUGACGCCCAACUCAAAAGCACUCCAGAGCAGUUCUCCACUGCAGCUUCUUCCCUCCAGCCCCCUCUGAAUAUCUCAAUAAGCUGGAAGGCCUGCAUGCAGUCAGUUGUACCAGUCGCUGCUGUACUAAAACACACCCACAGGUUCGCCAGCCUGCCUUCAUUUCCACAAGCAAUCCAUUCCACUAAAAGUAGGAAAAUGUGUGGGGGGUCUUUAUGCUGUUUUCAUCUUGUAACUUGUUUUUAAAUUAGUGUUUGUAUUUGGCAGACAUUUGACUGCAUGGCACUUAUAACUGUAAGGGGAUACAUUCAGCUUUUUAACGCAAGGUUGGUGCAUUAGUAAAAACUGAUUUAAUUUGGAAGGAAAGGCCCAGAGUCAUGGUUGAUUUAGACAAAAGAAGCAGGAUGCUAUGAUGUGUUAAGCUGGAAUGACAUUUACACACAGCCAUUGCAGGAUGUGACCUCACAAUGAGAUCAAGCCCUCCUGGUUGCAGUGAAACCAACAAUCAGCUGUGAAGAGUCUCAACUCGCAGAGCUAUCAUUCCACAUCAAAGCGUUCGAUUGAAAUAAGCGGCUUAGCGUUAGAACCCCGGUGCAAAUGACAUUAAUCCGAGCCCAUGCGGCCCAAGCAGGAUACAGCUGAGUAAUCAGCUGGUCGCUGACAUCAUUCAUCGCGGCAAUCAAUGCUUCUGCUGCAGCAGCUCUCUGAGGGCUGACAAUGAUGAAGGGAAAAGCACAAUUUGGCUUUCAGGUACUCUACACUCUAACAAAAGUUCCUGUUUUAACAAAACAAUUUACAAGAAAUGAUUUUUACAGCUUCAGUUUGCUACCUAAUGCCUGAGGAAGAGGAAACUAGAGGACGAGUCAUGAAAAUGUAACACUAUGCCAAUUAUAUCCUGUUAAUGUCACCGUUUUCCUCCGUAGGACUUGUAAAUAUUAACUGCUUCUCUUUAUUUACUGCCCCCCCCCCCCC